UCUUUCUGUUAUUUUCUUCGUUGUAGAUUGUUUCGAAUUGUAUGGAGCGUACAAAGCUUGAAAAAAGCAGAAUAGAAGAAAGAGAAAAGUCAGAAGAAAAAGAUGUGGUGCGUUUGAAAAAGGAAAAAGAGCGCAGUGAUGCUGAGAUUCGUAAGCUGAAGCAAGAACUCAAGGUGGUGAAAGAGGCGCAUGCAAACCAGUGCUUGGAGUUAGAAGCAAAAGCACAAAACAGUACAGUUGAGUUGGAGAGUAAAUUAAAGGAUGCAGAGUUACAAGUUGCCGAAUCAACUAGGAAGGUCAAAGAACUCGAGAAGUUGUACCUAUCUAAAUCUCAAAAAUGGGAGAACAGAGAGUCCACCUACCAAAGCUUCAUAGACAACCAGUUUGGUGCUCUGCAGGCUUUGAAUGCUACUUCAGUGUCUAUAAAGCAAGAAGUCUUAAGGACACAAAAGAAAUACUUUGAGGACCUAAAUUACUAUGGUUUAAAGCUCAAAGGAGUGGCUGAUGCAGCAAAAAAUUACCAUGUGGUCCUUGAAGAAAACCGAAGACUGUACAAUGAAGUGCAGGAAUUGAAAGGAAAUAUCAGAGUCUAUUGCCGGAUAAGACCAUUCCUUCCGGGGCAAAACAGUGGACAGACUUCUAUAGAGUACAUUGGUGAGAACGGUGAAUUGGUGGUUGCAAAUCCGUUUAAGCAAGGGAAAGAUACCCAUCGGUUGUUUAAGUUCAAUAAAGUUUUCGGUCAAGCAGCAACUCAAGAGGAGGUUUUCCUAGAUACUCGACCAUUAAUUCGAUCAAUUCUUGAUGGUUAUAAUGUGUGUAUAUUUGCGUAUGGUCAGACGGGAUCUGGAAAAACUUAUACAAUGAGUGGGCCAAGCAUCACUUCAAAAGAACACUGGGGUGUCAAUUACAGAGCUCUGAAUGACUUGUUUCACUUAACUCAGCUUAGACAAAACACUGUUGUGUAUGAAGUAGGUGUUCAAAUGGUUGAGAUAUACAAUGAGCAAGUUCGUGACAUACUUUCUGAUGGUGGUUCUAAUCGAAGAUUAGGGGUUUGGAAUACUGCCUUACCAAAUGGGUUAGCUGUCCCAGAUGCAAGCAUGCAUUCUGUGAGAUCAACUGAAGAUGUGCUUGAGCUGAUGAAUAUUGGGCUCAUGAACAGAACCGUUGGUGCCACAGCUCUCAAUGAAAGGAGUAGUAGAUCACACUGCGUUCUUUCUGUUCAUGUACGUGGUGUCGACGUGGAAACCGAUUCUGUUUUGCGUGGUAGUUUGCACUUGGUCGAUCUUGCUGGAAGUGAGAGGGUCGAUCGCUCGGAGGUAACUGGAGAGAGGCUCAAGGAGGCUCAGCAUAUAAAUAAAUCACUGUCAGCCCUUGGAGAUGUCAUAUUUGCUCUAGCGCAUAAGAACCCCCAUGUGCCGUAUAGAAACAGCAAAUUGACGCAAGUCCUUCAAAGUUCUUUGGGAGGACAGGCUAAGACUCUUAUGUUUGUUCAAGUCAAUCCUGAUGGAGAUUCUUAUGCUGAGACGGUUAGCACUCUGAAGUUCGCUGAAAGAGUUUCUGGUGUGGAAUUAGGUGCAGCUAAAAGUAAUAAAGAGGGACGAGAUGUUAGACACCUCAUGGAACAGGUAUCAAGCUUGAAGGAUGUUAUUGCCAAGAAAGAUGAAGAGCUUCAAAAUGUUCAGAAGCAAAAAAGUAACAGUACAACCGUGCCGAAACGUGGUUUAAGCAAUCUAAGAUUGUUGGGACCUUCAUCACCUAGAAGACACUCUAUAGGACCUUCACCAAAUGCUCGACGAGGAAAGGCACCUGGUUCUUUUGGGAGAGCAGCCUCAGAUUUUGACAACUGCUCAGAAUACAGUAGCAAGCAUUCUGAUUCCGGUUCACCGCGUUCAUCGGACGAACUUAAACAUCGAAAGGAUCUUCACCAGCUAUCUAAGUUUGCCGGUGGGUCAAAAGAAAUUGACAUUGAAGAUGACAUUGAACUCAUUGGCCUUGGGGAUGCAGAUUCUGAGGACAGAUUGAGUGAUAUCUCUGAUAGCUGUCUUUCGAUGGGAACAGAAACUGAUGGCUCCAUAUGCAGUGCAGUCGAGUUGACUCUUUUCCCUGAAACCGUGAAGCCUCUUGAAAUAACGGAAGAACCUGAACCACACUUGGUCCCUGAGAAGCUCGAGAAAUCAGCAAAGAUGGUGAAAACCGUGCCCAAAGACAACAGAACUAGUAUUCCAUCGAAGAUUCCGAAGCAGAUCUUGAAACCACCAGGCCAAACCACCAGACCUUCUCGUCUGUCAAUUGCCACUAGCUCCUCCUCGAAGACCUUAACAAGUGCUAAAAGACCGACGAUUAGCACUUCAACUUCAAUGAAACCACUCAACAGAAGGCGGUGAAGACUCACUCAAGGUUCAUCAGGACGGGGGGGAGGAAGAUGUGAGAAUGAAUCUGAGCUGUUGGUGUUUAGUAGCUAAUUGUGUAACUAAAAAGCAUACGAUGUCUGUUCUUCUUCUAUGUAAAACCUAAUUAACUAAAAAUACCAAGUGUUAACUUAAUGCCGUCCACGUAAGCUUUUGAGGUUUUCUAUAAGAUUUUGAUGUUUCUAUUA